UCAGACAUUUGAGAAUUUUAUUCGAGAACUUAAUAGAAUGUGGUAUUUAUUGGUGGUGUACGUGCUAUUGCCGUACUCUAGCUGGGCAUUGAUCUGCACACGUCAUCCGGCCAAUACCCAUACGCCCAAGUCUCCGGUGGAUGAGAACUAUGUGAUAAGCAUAACGGGCAAUCCGGAAACCUAUAUACUCGGACAGGAGUACAACGUUUCGCUGAAUGCAUUCAAUGGACAUCGCUUUAUUAGUUAUAUACUGGCGUUGGAGAAUGAGAACGGCGACUUCAGCUAUGUCAACGAUCUGGGUCGCUUCGAGCUCAGCAAUUUGAUUGAGUCACGUUUCAAUCCCAACUGCAUUAACAUGGUGGAGAACACAAAUACCAAUCCCAAGACCCAUAUACAUUUGACGUGGAUAGCGCCCAGUGAGCCGGGCAACGGUUGCAUAUUGAUACGUGCAACGGUGUUGCAGCAUCGCGACGUCUGGCACAUGGACGAUGGCGGACUGACGCGUCGCAUAUGCGAGGAGGUUGUCGAUGAUGUCGAAAGUCAGCCUACGGGCAUUGCUCUAAACCACCCAUGCUGUGCCUGCGACGAGGCGAGAUAUGAGCUAACAUUCGAAGGCGUCUGGUCACGUAAUUUACAUCCACGGUAUUUUCCAGCUCGUGGUUGGGAGACACGCUUCUGUGAACUGGUAGGCGCCGCACAUAGCUCUGACUAUCGCUUUUGGGAGUCCGGUCAAUUAGCUAGCGAAGGAAUGAAGCAAUAUGCCGAGCACUGCACUUCCCGCCUGCUUGAGCGUGAAUUUAGCAUCAACUUUCGAGAUCAAAAGAUACGCACCAUUAUUAAAGCAAGGGGACCAGCCUUUCCCAAUCUAAAUAGCAAAACCAUGGCAUCGGUACGUGUAGAUCCCGUGCAUCAUAUGAUAUCAUUUGCCUCCAAAAUUGAGCCCUCACCAGAUUGGAUCGUGGGCGUAAGUGGGCUGGAAUUAUGCCUACGCAACUGCACGUGGUUGGAGUCAAGGAUGAUCAACUUGUAUCCCUGGGAUAUAGGCACAGAUGCGGGACCCACUUAUACGUCACCCGAUCAGCCACAGGUGCCGCCAGAUGUUAUCAGACGCAUACGGUCCGAUUUUCCCAAUGAUCCGCGUUCACCGUUCUACGAUGAGUCGGGAGCGCCGAUGAAGCCUAUGGCCAUUCUAACAGUGAAACGCCAGCGCAUCUACGAGCGACGCUGUGCAGAUGAAGAUUCUAACAAUGAUCCGGAUGUGCCGCGCGAAUGUCUAACGCAUCCGUGGUCCAGCUGGAGCGAUUGCUCAUCGAAAUGCGGCGAGGGCAUGCAGUACAGAAGACGAGUCUACAAGCAACCAGAGCUGGCCAGGAUUUAUAAUUGCAACGUGCCGCAGUAUGAGGAGCGCGCCUGCGACGGCCAGGUCUGCAACCUAAGCGGCAGCCCAAUGCGGCCUAUUGAUGAUCAGGAUGAAUUCAACAUGGGUCUCGAGUAUCAGCAGCAAGGAAAUGCAUAUCAGAGACGCGCUGAAUGCCAACUGUCUGGAUGGAGUGGCUGGAGCCCAUGCAGCGUCACCUGCGGAGAGGGCUAUCAGUCGCGGCAACGACAAUACUUGAAUCCCAGCGCCGAGCUGAAAUGCCAGAGCGUGCGACGGCUAGAGCUGCAGGAGACGCGGCCAUGUGCGGGCAGAGCCUGUUUGGGUAACUUAAAUGGAGCCGACAUUGAAGCGCCGUAUGACGAGAGAGAGCCACAGCCAGAGCUGGAACAAGAGCAGGAGAAUGAGCAAGAGCCUUUUGGCAACAGUAAUUUCAAUAGGGAUUACGAUGUGGAGCAAACGGAUGAGGGUCGUAGACUAGGUGGCUUUGAUGUAGGCAACUUGAAGGGCAGCGAAGGAAGAUUAAAUUAUGGGCAAGCGCCACGACUGGAGGAUGUGGAGCGCUCGUCUUGGAACCGUAGACGACCCAGCGACAAAUACAGAGAGAAUGAACAGCGAUCCCGUUAUGGCAACAGAGAUAUGACUGACACACUGGUACCUGCAGAGCAAGAGGAAGAUGAUCAGCAGCAGCGCAAGUCCUGGAACAGAGUAAACAACAACAACUAUAAUAGAAACUUGAAUCGAGAAAAUGUCGAAGGCGAAGAAGAUAUGGAUACGAACUUGGCAAAGCGCUGCUUUCAAAUGCUGCGAACCAAUCAGCCACGCUGCAGAAAUCAAACAAUCGUCGGUCACUUUUGGUUCUACAAUUUCUGUGUGGACGAGUGCAUGUUAUUUGCGGCGGAUCCCUGCGAUCGAAAUGUGAAUAAGUUCAGCAGAUGGGAGGAGUGUGAAGAGUGCCGUCGUUCCGAGUUUCAACAGCUGCAAGAGCAGCGGUCCAUCUCACAUGAAUGCGAGCUGAUUUUAGCCUCGCAGCGGGCGCAGCAAAGAAAUCGUGAAGAACAGCUCAGCAGCUCCUCUAACGGCAGAAGGCGAAAUAAUGGCAAUCGGCAAUGGGGCUAAGUGUGAGAUUGUAGUCUAGGAUAAUUUUAAUUAGUUGAAAAUAUCAGAACUUUUUUCUUUAGUUUAAUAAAUAUUAAU